UUGGGUUGUAAAACUUAUAUUGUAUGAGAAUCGUAAAAAGCAGAUUUGUUUUGAUGGUAAAUUGUGUUACUAAUUGUAAAUUAUUGUAAACAAACUUUGAUGGGUAAAACAUAAUUAUCCGCAGCUGGUAUUUAUACAAGAUUCUUUGAAAGAAGCGAAACCCAACUCUGCAUGAUGGAACCAGAAAGUGCUGAUUCCGAGAUUGUUUACAGUACAAUUGAUGAUACAACAAUCGUUAUGUCAGAAAAGGUUCAAUCACUGGCUGGAUCAAUCUACCAAGAAUUCGAACGUAUGAUACAGCGAUAUGAUGAAGAUGUUGUUAAAACUCUAAUGCCGUUGCUCGUCAAUGUCCUAGAAUGUUUAGACUCAGCUUAUCAAACCAAUCAAGAACAAGAUGUUGAAUUAGAGCUUCUGCGUGAAGAUAAUGAACAGUUGGUAACGCAGUAUGAAAGGGAAAAAAGUGCUAGAAAACAGGCUGAACAAAAGUUGUUGGAGACUGAAGACUUGGCCGAGCAAGAAAAUAAAGAAUUGGCUACUCGUUUAGAAGCACUGGAAAGUAUUGUGCGUAUGCUUGAAUUAAAGCAUAAAAACAGCAUGGAUCACGCUAUUCGCCUGGAAGAACGUGAGACGGAACUAAAAAAAGAGUACAACAAGUUACACGAACGUUAUACAGAGUUGUUUAAGACGCAUGUUGAUUAUAUAGAGCGUUCAAAAAUAAUGAUGGGUAAUUCGUCACACUCUCAAAUAAGUGCAACGUCAGAUCGGAUAGAUUCGCAAAGAUCGAAAAUUGCACAGAUCACUCGCUCCUCCGGUCCUAUUUCUUAUGGCUUUACCUCACUCGAAAACUCCACGAUGCUUGAACUGGAUGUACUAUGCAGUGCAGGUAGUAGUUCAAGCUCUGGACCUUCCUCACUACAUAAUGAAAUAGAUAAUGUUGUAACCGCAGAAAAAUCAUCAGAAACUGAAAAUCUUCUCCAUGUAAACCAAGCAACAUCUCCACAGAAUGAUAUUUUAAAGCCUUUAGUAUCUAGUUUCAAAGGAGGAAAAUCAACUACUAAAAAAGAACAACGGUCUGCUAACACGUUGUAUCAAGAAUUGUCAUUUCAAGAUGACAACUUCGAAAAUGAAGAAUCGGAUAUAACAGGUGGAUGGGUGCAUCCAGGGGAAUAUGCAUCAUCAGGAAUGGGCAAAGAGGUUGAAAAUCUUAUAAUGGAGAAUAAUGAACUCCUUGCCACUAAAAACGCACUAAAUAUUGUUAAAGAUGAUUUAAUCGUGAAGGUUGACGACAUGACAGGAGAAAUAGAAAUACUAAGGGAGGAGUUGAAUGCUGUAAUACUUUCAAGAAACAAGCUGAAAUCUAAAAUUUCUAAUUUGGAAGACGAUCUGAAGAAAACCAAGCUGUUAAUAAAGCAAAACACUAUUGAUCAAGAAGAGGAAGGAGAUAUUCCAAUGGCACAACGAAAAAGAUUUACGAGAGUUGAAAUGGCACGGGUACUUAUGGAAAGAAAUCAGUAUAAGGAACGUUUCAUGGAACUUCAAGAUGCUGUACGUUGGACUGAGAUGAUGCGUGCUUCGCGCGUGGAACAUUUGGAUAAAAAGUCGAAGCAAAGCAUAUGGAAAUUUUUUAGUAAUCUUUUCACUUCCAGCGAUAGACCUCCUACAGCAGGACACUUACUUCGGCAUAGCAACACUUUUAGUCCAAAUAUUUCGGGAUUUCCAGAAACACGACAAUCAUUAGAAUCUGGCCAUACGCAGUCUUUGAAAAAUUCAAAUGCAAUCGUUUCUGUUAAAGAUAUAGAUUCAUUAAAUUCUAAUAAAGUGUUACAAAGACGACGAGCUCAAUACCGGCAAGUUCGAGCUCACGUGCAAAAAGAAGACGGUAGACUACAAGCGUAUGGGUGGAGUUUACCUUUGACUAAGUAUCCAAUAAAUAUCAAUCAGUCUAAAAUAAAUAGUGGUGUUCCGGUUCCAGUUCCCGUUUAUUGCAGACCACUAGCAGAGGCUAGCCCACAUAUGAAGGUUUGGUGUGCUAGUGGCGUAAAUUUGUAUGGAGGAUUUACAAAAGAUGGGGGCUGUAUGGUAGGAGCAAGUAUAUUUUACUCCAUCAGAACAAAUCCAAAGAUUGCUGAAAUAAUUGAUAAUACUUCGAACGGUGUUUUGGAGCUAGAAUCACUGGAAAAACAAUUGAUAGCAAUUAAUAAUAAUUCACAAAACGAGAUCAAUUUGAGCUCUUAUAUCUGGAUAUGUACAAGUACACAUUCAGCCAGUACGGUAACUGUGAUAGAUGCCAAAAAUCCUGCAGAAGUAUUAGACUCGUUUCCAGUAUGUCAAAAUCAUCUGUUGUGUAUAUGUACUGUCCAGGGAGCCUUGGAAACUGAUUAUGCUUUGUUGGAGAAUAGUGAAGUUACAAAAGCAGGUGAAAUGUUGGAAAAUCCAGGAGAACCUCCAGAUUGUGUUGGAAAAGUAACCUUUAUAAAAUGUGCGAGAUAUUCAGAUACAGAUGUUUCGACCCGUGAGACGAAUUCUCUGCCGUUUCUAAAUAAUGUUUCGCAGAACAGGAACAAACAGGAUAACUUGAGUACUCCGGAAACUAAACCAAAGGCUCAUAAUCUAAUAACUAAUAAUGAAGAAAAUUCAAAUGAGGAUUUUCCAAGCGAUGGAGUUUCAAAUGAAGAACCCGCCAUAACUUCAGUCGGUCCUACGAUGUGGAUGGGUGCUCAGAAUGGAAUGCUGUAUAUCCAUAGUUCAAUAGCCAGAUGGAAUACUUGUCUACACAAAGUAAAAUUACCAGACUCGAUUCUUUCGAUUGUACAUGUUGAAUCGCGUGUUGUAGUUGCACUAGCGAACGGUUCACUUGCCAUCUUUAGGAGACAGCUCAAUGGAGAGUGGGACACAUGCAAUUAUCAUAUUAUAACAUUAGGCUCACCAAAACAUUCAAUAAGGUGUUUGGCAAUAGUUGGUGAUAAAGUUUGGGCAGCGCAUCGGAAUAAGAUCAAUGUUAUAGAUCCAAUUACGUUGACCGUGUUACAUUCCUUUGAAGCACAUCCUAGAAAAGAAAGCCAAAUCCGACAAAUGACUGCGACAGGUUUGGGAGUCUGGAUAUCUAUCAGGUCCUUUGAGAUUAGCUUGCAGUUUUGUGAAAAUAGGCUGGUAUUUAUCAAGAUCGAUGAUGUGAAUCAUUUUAUGUUCGCCGAGUUUCAGAAAACUACAUCCAAUCUGUAA